CUGCGCAUAUCGUAGUAAAGCACUAUAGCGCAACCGUGUUAGAGAUGGAUACGUUUAUUCGAGUCUUUGUCGUGUUUUCGGUUGUUUCUUCUGUUUUAGGAGGAAACGAAGACCCUGGGUUUGAACUCUUCUUCAAGACUAACCUCGAGGAGUAUACCGAUUUCCCAAUUGAAUUUGAAAACCCUUUGCCAAACUGGCUUAAAGGGACAUUGAUUCGAAACGGUUUGGGGAGGUACGAACUAGGUUCUCGACGUUUCCUUCAUGCAUUUGACGCCUUCGGUAAACUAAGUAGCUGGAAGUUUUACGGCAAUGGAAGCGCCUCCUUCUCUACACGAAUGAUCGAGUCAGAUUUCUACAAAAAGUCCUGUGCCGAAAAAGACAUAACACCGUAUCUGAUGUUUGAAGGUGUAACCCCGGAUUUUUCCGAAGUGGAAAAAAUAGAGGCAUUGACACGAGGAAUUGACAACAUGAACGUGAACAUCUACCGUUUCGAAAGAAACGAAUCUAAAUAUGACUAUGUUGUUUUGAAUGACUUUUGGAAGGCGUACACUAUUGAUCCUUUGAGCUUAGAAACAAAGUCAUCAGUAACGGCGAAGGUUCCAUACAUCAAGGAAACUUCUCCAAGAUUUGGAUUUUUAAACCUUCUGUCGUCUGCUCAUCCUUUACCAGAGGAAGGAACAUCAAGUCAUUUGACGUUUUUGUCAAGUGUUAGCCUAGUACCUUUGGUGAAAAGUACAAUUUCUUUAGUAAGAAUUCACUCUUUACAUCAACGAGAGCUCAUUGCAAAGUGGAACGUUGAUACGGUACCGUAUAUGCACUCCUUUUCCGUGACUAGCAACUUUGCAGUCCUUUUUGCAAGUCCGUUUUAUGUAAAUACUUUGAAGAUGGUGAAGAAUGCGGAACCUUUUGAAAGUCUAGACUGGCACGGAGAUCAGCCUACUACAGUUUACAUAGUUAACUUAAAAACAAAAGAGCUCACAACUUUGGAGACAGAAAACAUGUUUGCUAUGCACCACGUCAAUGCGUUUGAACUCGGCAACCACAUUGUUGUUGAUGUGUCUUCCUAUCCUAAUCCAGAUUUUGUAGGAAAUCUUCAGAUAGAUAUUCUUCUCGAUCCUGCUAGACGGAACGGGUUCGAUCCGCACGCUUUGCUCAAACGUUACGUCAUAGAUAUGGAAUCUGGUUUAGUAGAACGUACUCACUUCGACUCUCCGAUCAACGUGCCUUUCUCAGCUAAUUUAGACAUGCCAGUUAUCAAUGAAAACUACAGACACAAAGAGUAUUGCUAUACAUAUGGAAUUGUCCUUAAACACGACAACAUGAGCCUGAGCAACAUCGCUUUAGUUAAGAAGAACAUGUGUGGUGACACGACAAAGGAUAGAUCCUGGAUAUUAAAAGGGCAUUAUCCAGUAGAGCCAUGGUUUGUACAAAGACUAGGCAGUGUCCAAGAAGACGAUGGGUUUUUAUUUGUUCCAAUUAUUGAUGGGAAGAAUCAGAGGUCCUACAUUGCUAUGUUAGACGCCAAAUCUAUGGAGCUCGUAAACAAAGCGUACCUACCGACAAUAGUGCCAUACAAUUUACAUGGGAGGUUUUUCGAAGACAUUGUUUAAUACUUGACGCCAGAAACGACCUAACAAUGAGGUUCUCAACCAAAGGAUACUUAAUGCAAAUAUCAGAACGUCUAUGAUAGCAUAAGGAGAGCAAAUAAACACUCGAAACGUUUAAGGCCUAAUUUGAAAGAAGGCCACUUUUGUAAUUAGGAAAUAUCUCGCACCGAACUUUAAGCAUAAAAUGUUGUUAAAUGUUUAAUACUGUCUGAGGUAAGAUAUUUAAAUGUUUGUCUGUAAAAUUGUCAUUGCACAAUUCUUAUCUCUUACUUUUGUGUCAAACAUUGAUAACUUCGAGAAUGAGUAUGAUGUACGUAAAUACUAUUGUAAAGAUAAAAAGGUUCAACCAGCGGUCAGUGAAAUAAGGCAAAUUUAUCAGUGUGUUAGUCAACGUUAUAAUCUUGUUAAGGCAUCUGAUGUAUAACGGUAACAAAAUGACGCA